AUGGAGGACGAAGAUGAUGGCCAAUAUCUGCAAAGUAUGGACCGACUGUUCAAUAUCUGUCAGCAAUAUCAGAAAAUGAAGAAAGAGUGUAAGUUGAUACGAAACGGUCUGUAUGUUAUUGAUUAUUGACUGACUUUUUUACAGCCGAUGCACCAUCCAGUUUGGAAGCGACCAAAAAAGAAGAGGAGGAGGAGCCAGGAAACUCUUCAAAUUCUAAUGAAAUUCCAAUAAGUUCCGAAAGUUCUUCUUCUGUUGUUAUCGAAAAAGAUGACAGCUUUACUGAAGAUUUCGAAUCCAAGUUGCAAAUUAGCAAGAAAGAAGAAGAAUCACGGGAAAAAGGUAUGGUUUUCACAAUUAGUUCAUAGUUGGGGCCAACAUUGUAAAGCCUGAACUUUUGGACAACUUGCAAUGAUCCGAUCGGGACCAAACUUUGCAGGCUUUUGGGACUUGGGCUGAAGCAUUUUGGGACCAAGUUUCAGAUCGAUCGGAUCAUCUGGUCCCGAGAUAUGUGAAGCUGAAACUUGAACCCGAGAUAGCCUAAGAAUCGGACCUGAGCCAAGUUCCAUCUAUAUAAUUUCAGUAUCGAGCAAGGCUAAAAAACAGGUGAGCGCCUAUUUCCUCCGAUUCGGCAAAAGAAGAAUGGACGAAUCUUCGGAUGAUUCGAGUUCGGACGAAAGUUCGGAAGAUGCGGAAGCGGCAAAGUACGCGGAUGUCGUGGACGAGCCCAUAAUCGAGCCGGGAAGCGACCUGCCCAUCCCUCCGGAACAACAAAUCGCACCGGCCGCACACGUCAGUCUGCUCAAACCGAAAGUUUCGAAAAAGUACCUGAGAGACGUGCUCAAACACGUGGAUUACAUGCCGAAGGAGCAGUUGGAGAAGGCCGUUCGGAGGAUUACCACUAUGCGGUGGUUAGUGAAGACAUUCAUCGGGCCAUAUCAUAAUAUACCGUUUUCAGCCCACAAGACAAGAAAAGGCUGCGAGUCCUGGCGAGAGCCCUGUAUCGGAAGGAACGGACUCUCCAGGACCGUGUACCGAGAACGCUCGACCACGACAGUACGCUCAAACACUUUGACUUUCUCAUUGUACGCUUUUUGUUGCUUUUAGAAUGUAUGCAAGUACAAAUUGACAUUUAGGCGGUCGAUUUCGAGUGCACUUGUCAAGAAAUCGUGUACAAUUACCCGCACGAAAUCAUCGAGUUCGCCGCCGUGCUUAUCGAUUGCAGAAAGUAUCGAAUUGUGAGUGUUUCCCCAGUUUCAAUUCAAAGUUUUUCGAAUCCAUUUCAGGUCAGUCAUUUCCGAUCGUUCGUCAGACCGUUCCUGAACCCGAUACUCAGCAAGUUCUGCACCGACUUCACAAGUCAGUCAUUCUCCUAGUGUUCCUUCAAGUGUCCGUCGUUUCUCAUAUCGAUUGAUGUUGAAAAUGACACAGAUUCUAUCGAAUCACAAUGAAAUGCGAUAAAAAACGAACGUUUUUUCCUCAGAAAUCAACCAGAGCACAGUGGACAAUGCGCCGUACUUUCGUGAAGCGCUCGCCAAGUUCGACAAGUGGAUGAGGGACUGUGGAAUGGGUCGGGACGCCGAAUCGAGAUUCGCAUUCGUCACUGACGGGUCAGUUGGCCAAUCAAAAAUACUCUGUCCUCACCUCACUAUGUUCUACAAUAUUUCAGGCCGCACGACAUGUGGAAGUUCAUGCAAUUGCAGUGCGCCAUUUCGGGAAUCUCGAUGCCGCACAUGUUCCGAUCGUUCAUCAACAUCAAGCGAGCAUUCGAGAACCGAUUCGGAAUGAUGCUCCCGCAAAAGAAUGGAGUACGUCACCCUUAUAGAUCAACUUGUCUAUUCUCUACGCUUUCAGAAGAGUGGAAUCCAGAAUAUGCUCGAAUUGUUGGGGCUCACUUUCCAAGGACAAGCACACAGUGGCCUCCAUGAUGCACGGAACAUUGCCACGAUUGUGUGCUUGUUUCUGAAGGGCAACUUUGAGUUUAUGAUCAAUCAGAGAUGUGCCUAUCUGCCGUUGGAAGAGCGAAUCAAACAGAAUGUCGGUUUUGCAAUUGAAAUGAGAAGGGAACAUGUCGAUUUUUGCAGGGAAGAAAGAAGAUGCGUCCGUUGCCGCUGGAGCAGGUUGAGCCGGAAAAAGUGAUCUCGGCAGACUUUGAAAUAUGGAAAGAGCAUCUUCCGAUGAAGUUGAUGCGAGUGCGACGCGACCAGUUUCUGGAUUCGUCCUACUUGGACUGCGAGUCAUGCGACGAUCUGACUGAUGACGAGGUAUGUUUAGCUAUUGACAAUAUUCGCUUGGAUCGUCCCAAAUAGCGGGCCUUAGAGCCGGAAAAUAACCCGGAAGAGAUCACGUGGCCUAGGAUGUUUCUAGGCCAACUUUGACUGCGUGCUGUUCCGUUCAUAGAGAUUUUGACAGAAAUAUAAACCCCUGGUCCUCUGCCCGAAAAAACCAAGCCUAUCUCUCAAUGUUCUCAUUCAGAACGACGAAGAAGCGCACGAUAGGAACAUGGCGAUCCGCGCAGAACUCGACUUGCUCCAAGACAAAGAAGACGAAGAGUACGCGGCGAAGAAUGCGGAGAUUCAGCGACAGAAAGAGUUGGGAAUCUAUGAAGAGGAGAGGAAGACGACGCCCAAGAAGCCAAAAACUGAGAAGAAGAAGAAGCGAAAGGGAGAGAGCAUCUUCCGAAUUAAUCAUUUUGAUUGA